UAUUUUUUUCUUCUCUUUCUUUUUUCAUUAUUAUUGAAACUAAUCUCUACACCUUUUUCUUUUUUUGUUACAACUAAAGGAAAUACCGUCUAUUACAACAAAAAUGCUUGGUUCUUCCAUCGCCACUCGCACUCUUCGUACUGCUGCUCGUCGUGGGUUCGCCACUUCGGCUGCUCGCCGCUCGUACGAUGACACCGUGAACAACCUCAAGAUCAACAAGAACACUCGCGUUCUUAUCCAGGGCUUCACCGGAAAGCAGGGUACCUUCCACGCGUCCCAGGCUAUUGCCUAUGGCACCAACGUCAUUGGCGGUGUGUCGCCGAAGAAGGCCGGCCAGACCCACCUGGACAAGCCCGUGUUUGGCUCAGUCAAGGACGCUGUCACUCAGGCCAAGCCCGAUGCCACCGCGAUCUACGUGCCUCCUCCAUUCGCCGCCGAGGCGAUCCUCGAGGCGAUCGAGAACGAGAUCGGGCUCGUCGUUGCCAUCACCGAGGGUAUCCCACAGCAGGACAUGGUGCGCGUCGUCCAGGCACUGCGCACCCAAUCCAAGUCGCGCCUUGUCGGACCCAACUGCCCUGGUAUUAUUGCUCCCGGCGCUUGCAAGAUCGGCAUCAUGCCGGCGCACAUCCAUAAGCGCGGCAAAAUCGGUAUUGUCUCGCGGUCCGGCACCCUGACGUACGAGGCUGUGAACCAGACGACCCAGGCUGGACUGGGCCAGACCCUGUGCAUUGGCAUUGGAGGCGACCCCUUCAAUGGCACUAACUUCAUUGACUGCCUGCGCGUUUUCCUUGCGGAUACCGAGACCGAGGGUAUUGUGAUGAUUGGUGAGAUUGGUGGGUCGGCUGAGGAGGAGGCUGCAGAGUUCUUGAUCCAGCAUAACUUGACCUUGGCGAAGCCUAAGCCUGUGGUGUCAUUCAUUGCUGGCCUUACGGCUCCUCCAGGUCGCCGUAUGGGCCAUGCUGGUGCUAUUAUUGCUGGCGGCAAGGGCACGGCGCAGGACAAGAUCAAGGCGCUUGAGAAGGCCAACGUUCUGGUGUCCCAGAGCCCCGCCCAGAUGGGUGUCCUUAUGAGACAGCGCAUGGUGGAGGAGGGCCUUAUCUAAGAAGCAUAUUCUUUUAUUUUAUCUUGAUGAUAUUGACGGGCAAAAUACAUACGCGAGAGAAUAAAAAAGAAUGUUUUGGACUUGGGUUUAUAUCGACUGUGGUAACUUUGUUUCACGUGAAUAAAUAUGACAUUGAAAAAAUGAAAAAUUAGAAAUUGGAUUUUUUUUGCGAGCAGCGCGGAUUUAAAAUAAAAAUAAAGCAUGAAAAUGAAAUCAAGUAAAAAAAUUAGUUUUUCUUCUUCCGGCCGCCGGACUUAGACUUGCGUGGACUGUUAGAAACUGCAGCAGGCGGCGGUGAUGGUGUCGACGCUGACAAUCCAGAGGCCUCCUCAAUUGCAGCCGCCUCUUCCUCAUCCUGCUCCUCCACACUCACAGCCACUGCCACAGCCGCAGCCGCAGGCUCCUCAUGCUGCUGCUGCUGCUGCUGCUGCUUCUUCUUCUUCUCGCGUCUCAGCCUCUUAUUCUCCUCCUUCAGAGCCUCCACCUGCGUAGUCA